AGACAGACGUAGAAGAGGGGGAUUCUCAAAAACUCUCUUGACACUUGGAAGGAGAAAAAAAAGGGGCAGAGAGAAUUUUCUCGAGAAAAAAACCCUCUUCCUCUUCCUCUUCCUUCGCGAGGAAAUCUUCGCUCCAUUGACGGUCACGUGACCCACUUCCACCAGAUUUUCCUUUGAUCCGAAGCGCAACAAUGCUCUCGCUGCAGGGCGAUCCGCGGCAGCAUCUCCAUCAACAGCUCCAAUUGACUCCGUACAAACCGGAGCCCCGCGAUGAGUCGUUCGCAGCUGCUGCUGCUUCUUCUUCUUCUUCUUCUGCGGCCAACCUCAAGCGCUCUCAGGCCGUGGACUCACAUGAAGUUGAUGAAGGCAUGCUCAUGGCCCUUGCUCAUCAGAUGUACAAAGCUGGAAAUUUUAAGCAGGCAUUGGAAAACAGCAAUGCUGUUUAUGAGAGAAACCCACAGCGUACUGACAAUCUUCUUCUGUUGGGUGCAAUCCAUUAUCAGUUGCAUGAUUUUGAUAUGUGCAUUGCAAAAAAUGAGGAAGCUCUUCGAAUUGAUCCCCGCUUUGCCGAGUGCUAUGGAAAUAUGGCAAAUGCAUGGAAGGAGAAAGGAAAUAUUGAUUUUGCAAUCCGCUACUAUUUGAUUGCUAUUGAGCUUCGGCCCAAUUUUGCUGAUGCAUGGUCAAACUUAGCAAGUGCAUACAUGCGGAAAGGAAGAUUCAAUGAGGCAGCCCAAUGUUGUCGUCAGGCUCUUGCGUUAAACCCUCGUUUGGUUGAUGCACACAGUAACCUUGGGAAUUUGAUGAAAGCUCAAGGUUUAGUGCAAGAGGCAUACAAUUGCUAUGUUGAGGCUCUUCGAAUCCAACCAAAUUUUGCAAUUGCAUGGUCCAAUCUUGCUGGCCUGUUCAUGGAAGCUGGUGAUCUUAACAGGGCUCUGCAAUAUUACAAGGAAGCUAUAAAGCUCAAACCAACAUUUUCUGAUGCCUACUUGAAUCUCGGCAAUGUGUAUAAGGCUCUGGGAAUGCCUCAAGAGGCUAUUGUAUGUUACCAGCGUGCUCUUCAGGUGCGACCAGACUAUGUUAUGGCCUAUGCCAAUUUGGCCAGUAUAUAUUACGAGCAAGGCAGCCUGGAAAUGGCAAUUUUCCAUUACAAGCAAGCCAUUUCUCUUGACUCAGAAUUCUUGGAGGCAUACAAUAAUUUGGGUAAUGCUUUAAAAGAUUCUGGAAGAGUUGAAGAAGCAAUUCAAUGCUAUCGUCAAUGUCUUUCCCUGCAAGUUAACCAUCCUCAAGCACUCACUAAUCUUGGCAAUAUAUAUAUGGAGUGGAACAUGCUGAGUGCUGCUGCUUCCUGUUAUAAAGCAACACUGUCCGUAACAACCGGACUUUCUGCUCCUUUCAACAAUUUAGCAAUAAUAUAUAAACAGCAGGGUAAUUAUGCGGAUGCCAUCUCUUGCUACAAUGAAGUCCUCAGGAUUGAUCCUUUGGCUGCUGAUGGACUAGUCAAUCGUGGGAACACAUACAAGGAGAUUGGAAGAGUUAAUGAAGCCAUUCAAGACUAUGUACGGGCUAUCAACAUCCGGCCUGCUAUGGCCGAAGCUCAUGCAAAUCUAGCUUCAGCUUACAAGGACAGUGGACAUGUUGAAGCAGCUUUAAAAAGCUACAAGCAAGCACUAGUUCUACGCCCUGACUUUCCGGAAGCAACUUGUAACCUUCUUCACACGUUACAGUGUGUUUGUGACUGGGAGGACCGUGAGAGCAAAUUUAUGGAAGUAGAAGGGAUACUCCAGAGACAGAUAAAGAUGUCAGUUAUUCCGAGUGUGCAACCUUUCCAUGCGAUAGCCUAUCCCAUUGAUCCAAUGCUUGCACUGGAAAUCAGCCGUAAAUAUGCAGCACACUGCUCUAUCAUUGCAUCCCGCUAUACACUUCCUCCCUUUAACUAUCCUGCACCCUUAUCCAUAAAGGGUGAGGGUAGGAGUGGACGCCUAAGGGUUGGAUAUGUGAGUAGCGACUUUGGCAACCAUCCUCUGUCUCACCUCAUGGGCUCAGUAUUCGGCAUGCAUGACAAAGGAAAUGUUGAGGUGUUCUGCUAUGCAUUAAGCCCAAAUGAUGGCACAGAAUGGAGGCAGCGUAUUCAGUCAGAAGCAGAGCACUUCAUAGAUGUGUCAUCCAUGUCAUCUGAUAUGAUUGCCAGGCUGAUUAAUGAGGAUAAAAUACAAAUCCUUGUCAAUCUUAAUGGCUAUACUAAGGGGGCAAGAAAUGAAAUAUUUGCCAUGCAGCCUGCUCCUAUUCAGAUUUCUUACAUGGGAUUCCCUGGAACCACAGGGGCUAAUUAUAUUCAUUAUCUGGUCACUGAUGAGUUUGUAUCACCUUCUCUUUUUUCCCAUAUUUACUCAGAAAAGCUUGUUCACCUUCCUCAUUGUUACUUUGUAAAUGAUUAUAAGCAGAAAAAUCGUGAUGUACUGGAUCCUAACUGCCAAACAAAGAGAUCAGAUUAUGGCUUACCAGAGGACAAAUUUAUCUUUGCAUGUUUCAAUCAGCUGUACAAGAUGGAUCCUGACAUUUUCAAUACUUGGUGCAACAUUCUCAUUCGUGUCCCCAAUAGUGCACUUUGGCUUCUCAGAUUCCCAGCUGCUGGCGAAAUGAGACUUCGGGCCUAUGCGGCUCAACGGGGUGUACAACCAGAUCAGAUUAUUUUCACAGAUGUUGCCAUGAAACAGGAACAUAUCAGACGCAGUUCUCUGGCAGAUCUGUUCCUCGACACACCAUUAUGCAAUGCACAUACAACAGGCACUGAUGUUCUAUGGGCUGGUCUUCCUAUGGUGACCCUUCCCCUUGAGAAAAUGGCGACCAGGGUUGCUGGUUCACUGUGUCUGGCCACUGGUGUUGGAAAGGAGAUGAUUGUUAGCAGCAUGAAAGAAUAUGAAGAGAAGGCAGUCUCACUUGCGCUAAAUCGCCCAAAGCUCCAGGAGCUCACUAACAGACUCAAGGCAGCUCGUUUGACUUGCCCUCUGUUUGACACAGCACGCUGGGUUAGGAAUCUGGAGCGAGCCUAUUUCAAGAUGUGGAAUCUGUACUGCUCUGGGCAACAUCCUCAACCGUUUAAAGUAGCAGAGAAUGAUGUAGAAUUUCCUUAUGAUAGAUAGGAGCCGAGAUUGGGAGACGGGAUUGUAUAUAAAGCAAAGAGUACAUUUGUGAUUCUUCUAGGUUACUGUCGGUUGUCCAAUUGUCAGCUGAGAUGUGUUGCAUCUUCCAAGUGGUAUCUUGAUGGUGAUGUUCAUUCUUGGCUUUCACUAACAAAAGAGGAUCAGAUGUUUUUGUUCAGGUGGUCUAAACCUUAUUGAGUUUAUGAAAUAUGAUGAUGGUAUCAUGCAUUUAUCCUA